AUGUCAUCAUUUCUCCACAUCCGUGGCGCACGGGGACCUGGCGAAAAGGGCUCGCUCCAGGCCUCUACCGGCCCUCGUCCAAAGAGCAAGAAGUCCUGUUGUGGUGGGGAUGGAAAUAGAAAGCUGUGGAAGAGAACAGAUACUGUGAAGAAGCGCCGUGAUGAGCGAGAGGUGGAGAGGCAGCUGCUCGAACAGCAACGACUGGAGCAUGACAAGGAGUUGCACGACGAAGAGUAUGGCGAAUGGCUGACCAAAGAGGAGAAAUUCCACUUGGACAAUGCCAAGGCCAGAACCAUGCUCCGAAUUGAGCAGGGCCGAGAGAGGCCUCUGGACCUGGUUGCCAAGGCCCUGAUGAUCGCUGAAGGGGAGCACUUCGAGGAGAUGACCAUUUUGGACAAGCCACCGCACCAGCUCUUCGUGAACAUGAACAUCGACGAGGUGGAAGACAUCAUGGAUGAGGUGAAUACCUUCGUCCGCAUCGAUGCCCAACACCGCGACUUCUGGCAGGCCAUGCGCUACAUUGCCAACGACUCCUAUGAAGGCAAGCGACGAGAAAAGGCCGGGAGGUCAAAGGCGGGUGCUGCCAUCAGUGGACUUGGACCUGGAGUUGCUGAAGGUGUCGUGGAUGAGAUCCACCAACUUCUUUGCGCCAAGAGCAAGAGGGAACUGGGCGACAUGUUGGUUGAAAUCAACGAUAGCUUGAAGGCUUCGCCUGCCGGCAUGGACACCCAAUUCUUCGAAGCGGUGGCCACAAAGAUCCCGCUCUACGUUGCACGUGCUGAAGUCGACCACUGGCAUGACAGGAACAUCCAGGCUGAUGGGCCGAUCUCCAAGACACGGCCAUCUGCAAGCGCCACCGUCGGGGAUCGACUGGGAGGCGAUGAGCGACCAAUGGAUGUUCAUCGCCACAGAGCCGGUGCCAAUGUGGCCUGCUUUUCCUCCGGCAACCGUGCCAUGGACGGCCGAAGGCAAAAGGACAAGAGUUCAUGGGACAGCAUGAUCCGAGCUGGCAUCAAUGGCUGGCUCCGUUGGACAAUGCAUCCCGCAGAUACCAGAUGGGACCAGGGACGAGAAAACCAGGUAUGGAUUCCCUCCUACAUUGCUUAUGGCUUAGUCGAUACCAUGGCCCCUUUGUAUGGAGUGAUGGCUCCUAAGGGGAAAGGUUCCAGCUUCGAGCCUGCGCAGAAGGGAGCCCAAAAAGGUGGCAAGGCGCUUGCGCCGGACGAGCAAGAAUUUCACCAGGAGAUGCUUCGAAAACUGGCCUUGCACCUCGCUGCGCAACCGGAUGGUCCCGCAGUUCCCGGUCCCGCGCCAGCGGUGGAAGCGCAACAGGAUGAGUCGCCCGAACGGGUGAACCAUUUUUGCGAAUGCGCCAACUUCUUCCUCCCCGUGGAGCGUCCGGAUGCCACUCCCCGGGACUCGCCACGGAGUUUCUGCGCCACACCGGAGGAGCAUGGCAUGCCCGUGUGGACGGACCGUUCCGGUGGACCUACUGGACCUGCUGGACCUGGCGAUGAUGAGAGCCAGGCUUCCCACUGUGUUUGCGUGCCCAGCUACAUCGUGCAUGGCCUCUUGGAGGCCUGGGAAGGCAAGGCGCGACGCUCCAAAGCGGCUCCGGAGCAGAAUUUUCACCACGAGAUGUUGAAGAAACUGGCCUUGCACCUGGCAGCGCAACCAGGCGAGCCUACGGCAGCCCAGAUGCCGAUGCCACAGGUACAGCAGGUCUACAUGCCCGUGGCCCCACAACCGGGGCCGGUGCAACCAGUGCCUGUCUUCGCGCCGCACGCGCCUCCUCAGCGCUCUCCUGCGGCGCCGCGCAUGGGGCUGUUCCAGGAUCAUCGGCCCCAGGAGGAGUUCCACCGCCAGAUGCUUCAGAAGCUAGCGCUCCAUUUGGCAGCGCAGCCGGAUGAGACAUCGCAGGAGGCCAAAAGUAGCGCCAGCCACCAGGACCAGGCCCCAACGGCAGAUUUGGCAGCCCCCGUGCAGCUGCAAAUUGAGCCCCGCAUCAACGAGGCAGCUCGGGCAGCUGAGCAGGUUGGGGAAGAUAAGGCUCAGUGCGACCGCUUAAUGGAAGACUUAGACGUGGCCGAACGCAGGUCUGAGGUGGUCAGCUGGGUCUUGUCCUCCAAUGUGCUGUCGCUCUCCCUGACGCAGUUCGGAUCUCGCGUGGUGCAGAAAGCCAUCGCAAGCGCCUCGGAGGUGCGAGACCGGGAAAAGUUUGCCGAAGAGUUGCUGCAACACGCAAUGGAUCUCUACGUGUCCCCCCAUGGGAACCACGUCUUGGCCAAGCUGAUCGAAGUUCUGCCCUCCACACGCCUCGUGUGCAUCGUGGAAAAGAUGCGUGGCCAAGCGACAAUGGUUGCCAGACAUCAAUUCGGAAGCCGUAUUCUCGAGCGCCUCAUGGAACACUGCAGUGAGGAGCAGAUUGGCUUUCUCUUAGAUGAACUUUUUGAUGGCGCAGCAAACCUUGAAGCCCUGGCGCGGCACCCUUUCGCCAAUUUUGUGGUGCAGCACAUUUUCGAGCAUGGCAUGCCAGAACGGAAAACCAGAUGCUUUCAAAUGCUCCUGCCCUAUGUCUUACAGCAUGCUACCCACAAGACAGCCAGCAACGUUGUGCAGCGGAUGCUGGAACAUGCCGACGUGAGUAGCCAGGCGCUGAUUGCAGACGCCUUCUUAGCUGGGGAGGGUGAAGAGUCACUCGAAACGAUUGCGGCCACACGCUAUGGCAGCUUCGUGAUCCACUCUCUGGUGGACAAGUUGCAUCCGCGCAUCGACGCCGUGAAGGCGCGCGUGAAGGCGGCACAGCCGCAGCUCUCGGAGUCCAAGUUUAGUCAAAAGAACAUUUUGGAUUUCUUAGGUGAGGCCUUCUUCGACGAUUGA